CUGGCCGGCGCGGCGGCCCUGGGGCCGGGUCGCCGAGCUCCCGGCAGGCCCCGCGCCGCGGCUGCGCAGUGCCGCGCAGGCUUUUAAUUCCAUUGUGGAGAGGACGGCGUUAUUUUUAUUAACCGGAGGCGGCGGCGGCGGCGGCGGGACCCCCAGGCCUGCUCCGGGGCAUGAAAGUCGGCAGCGCGUUCCUGAGCGGCGGCGGCGGCGGCGCGGGUAGCGGCGGGCGGGCGGAGAUGGAGCCUAGCUUCCCGCCGGGCAUGGUGAUGUUCAACCACCGGCUGCCCCCGGUCGCCAGCUUCGCGCGGCCGGCGGGCGCGGCCGCCCCUCCCCCGCAGUGCGUGCUGGCCGCCGCCCCGGCCGCGGCCCCGGCCGCCGAGCCCCCCCCGGCGCCCGCCCCGGACGUGACUUUCAAGAAGGAGCCGGCGGCGCCCGGCGCGGCCUUCCCGGCGCAGAGGACCUCCUGGGGCUUCCUUCAGUCGCUGGUCAGCAUCAAGCAGGAGAAGCCGGCAGACCCCGAGGAGCCGCCGGGCGCCCCCCACCCCCACUACGGGGGGCUGUUCGCGGGGGCCGACGAGCGGGCGCCGGGGCUGGGCGCCGGGGACGCGGGCUGCCCGGGCGUCAUCCAGGACCUGAGCGUCCUGCACCCGCCGCCGCCCGCCCCGCACCCCCGCGACGUGCUGCUCGGCCGGACUGACGACCCCCGCGGCCCCGAGGAGCCCAAGCCGGACGCGAGCGUCAAGAAGGCCAAGAGGCCAAAGCCAGAAUCUCAGGGAAUCAAAGCCAAGAGGAAGCCGGGCGCAUCUUCCAAGCCGUCGCUGGCGGGAGACGGAGAAGGCGCCGUCCUGUCCCCAAGCCAGAAACCUCACAUCUGCGACCACUGCAGCGCCGCUUUCCGCAGCUCCUACCACCUGCGGAGGCACGUCCUCAUCCACACCGGCGAGCGGCCCUUCCAGUGCAGCCAGUGCAGCAUGGGCUUCAUCCAGAAGUACCUGCUGCAGAGGCACGAGAAGAUCCACAGCCGGGAGAAGCCCUUCGGGUGCGAUCAGUGCAGCAUGAAGUUCAUCCAGAAGUACCAUAUGGAGAGACACAAGCGGACGCACAGUGGAGAAAAGCCAUACAAAUGUGACACUUGCCAGCAGUAUUUCUCAAGGACUGAUAGACUGUUGAAGCACAGGCGCACGUGCGGCGAAGCCCUGGCGAAGGGGGCACCCAGUGCAGAGCCUGGGUCAUCCAGCAACCAUAGCAACAUAGGUAACCUGGCUGUGUUGUCUCAGGGAAGUACAAGUUCUUCAAGGAGAAAAGCGAAGUCGAGAAGCAUAGCUGUUGAAAACAAGGAGCCCAAGACUGGGAAAGCAAAUGAAUCCCAUAUGUCAAACAGCAUAAACAUGCAGAGUUACUCAGUAGAAAUGCCUACUGUGUCUUCCAGUGGGGGCAUCAUCGGCGCUGGCAUAGAGGAACUCCAGAAGAGGGUGCCAAAAUUGAUCUUUAAGAAAGGAAGCCGGAAGAGCAUGGAUAAAAACUACCUGAACUUUGUGUCACCGUUACCAGACAUAGUUGGACAGAAGUCCUUGUCUGGGAAACCGAGUGGCUCCCUUGGCAUCGUGUCAAACAGUAGCGUGGAGACCAUUAGUCUCCUCCAAAGUACAAGUGGCAAACAAGGUCAAAUAAGCAGUAAUUAUGACGAUGCCAUGCAGUUCUCAAAGAAAAGAAGAUACCUACCCACCGCCAGCAGCAACAGUGCCUUUUCCGUGAACGUGGGACACAUGGUCUCCCAGCAGUCCGUCAUUCAGUCGGCGGGCGUCGGUGUUUUGGACAAUGAGGCCCCGUUGUCCCUUAUUGACUCCUCGGCCCUGAAUGCGGAAAUUAAGUCUUGUCAUGACAAGUCGGGAAUUCCUGACGAGGUUUUACAAAGUAUUUUGGAUCAGUACUCCAACAAGUCCGAGAGCCAGAAGGAGGAUCCUUUCAACAUAACAGAACCACGAGUGGAUCUGCACGCCUCAGAACACUCAGAACUGGUUCAAGAAGAAAAUUUGAGCCCGGGCACCCAGACUGCUUCAAAUGACAAGGCAAGCAUGUUGCAAGAAUACUCCAAAUACCUCCAACAGGCUUUCGAAAAAUCCACGAAUGCAGGUUUUACUCUGGGACACGGUUUCCAAUUUGUCAGUCUGUCUUCACCUCUCCACAACCACACUUUAUUUCCAGAAAAACAGAUAUACACUACAUCUCCUUUGGAGUGUGGUUUCGGCCAGUCUGUUACCUCAGUGUUGCCAUCUUCGUUGCCAAAGCCUCCUUUUGGGAUGUUGUUUGGGUCUCAGCCAGGUCUUUAUUUGUCUGCUUUGGAUGCCACACAUCAGCAGUUGACCCCUUCCCAGGAGCUGGAUGACCUGAUAGAUUCUCAGAAGAAUCUAGAGACUUCAUCAGCCUUCCAGUCCUCAUCUCAGAAACUGACUAGCCAGAAGGAACAACAGAAAAACUUAGAGUCCUCAACGAGCUUUCAGAUCCCAUCUCAGGAGUUAGCUGGCCAGAUGGAUCCUCAGAAGGACGUAGAGCCCAGAACAACGUACCAGAUUGAGAACUUUGCACAAGCGUUCGGUUCUCAGUUCAAGUCGGGCAGCAGGGUGCCAAUGACCUUUAUCACGAACUCUAAUGGAGAAGUGGACCAUAGAGCAAGGACUUCAGUGUCAGAUUUCUCAGGGUAUACAAACAUGAUGUCUGAUGUUAGUGAGCCAUGUAGUACCAGAGGAAAGACCCCCACCAGCCAGAGUUACAGGUAAGGUCCCAAGAGUGACCAGGCUGGAGGUCUUCUAAUGUAAUUUUGUUUUAUUUUGAGAACACUGCCAUUGGAAUGUUUCUACACGAUCCUAUUAAGAAUAAUGUAAUGCCCUUUCAAUGCAACUUUUCAUAUUUAGUUUAUUUUGUUAGUGUGAUUUUAGCUCUGUUUGUAUUAUGAUUUUUAAUCAAAUCAAUAGAUUAAAAUAGUUUGACAUUCAAAGUGACAAUGUUUAGCAAUCAAAUUUACAUGUAUAGAUGGUCAGGGAAUAGCCCAAAAGUUUUAAAUGCAAAAAAAACAAAACAAAAAAAACAAAAAAAAAAACCGUACAAAAAAACAAAACAAAAGAAAAAAAAACACAAAAACAAAAAAAAAACUUUGUUGCUAGGAUUAAGGUUAUUCUAAUUGCUUUACUCUCAGGAAAGUGUAAUAACGCAUGGGAAUUCUGUACGUUAUCACUGUAAUGGAAUAUCCAAUUUACAGAUAGUAUGAUAAUACAUUUCAUCACUUAAGUAAGGGAUCGAAAACAUUUCAAAUUGCUCUAUCUGGGCUGAUACGAUACACGUGUCAUCAUUUAAAUAAGGGAUCGAAAACAUUUCAAAUUGCCGUCUCCAUCUGGGCUGAUCCAAAAUUCUGAGAUGUUGGCUACCUAUAUUUUGUUGCAGCUUUUAAAUGUACUCUGAACUUCCAAACCACAUUCAUUCCAGCCUGGUAGAACAAAUAUUCUUGGAUCUUUGAUCAAAGCCUGGAAUGAUAGCUUUAAUAAAAGGAAAAAAAAAAAAAAAAAGAAAAAGGCACCCUCUCCUUAUCCCGACUGUGACAAGGCUGUGACCCCAUCAGGAGCUGGUGGGGACAGUGUUGAAGUCCGAGUGGUGGAUUGGCUGCAGUAUUAGAACCCAAGUUGGAAUUACAUAAUGCUUUGAAAUUUGGGGGGUGUGUUAUUUAUUAUACGUGGCCCAAAAACAUUGUUCUCUGUCUCUUACUACACGUCACCCGCACUUCUGGGGCUAUUUUAUGUUACUUUUGUUCUUAACCUGUCCUUUCUCAGAGUUCUGGGCCUUCCUUGUUCCCUCUUCUCCCUAUCUGGACAGUUUCAAUUUUAGAAUGAUUCACAUUCCAAUAGGUAAUUUGUUAUGCAUUUCCUAUGCCUUCCGGCAUCCAAACAGUCGAAUAAACAUCCACCCUCCCCCUUUUUAAAAACAGAACCCACACAGAUGUCCAUGUAUAAUAAAGCCCCACAUGCUCAGAGCUGUGGAUAUUAAUAAGGUGGUAAUUCCAACCGGUGACAAAGCCGAUGUGAGGGGUAAGAGUGGCUUAUUUAGUAAUGACAUCAGAACCUCUUGGUGAAAUUGCAGCCUGUGUAAUGUACAUUUUAAAAGGGUGCGUUAGUCAGUAUUGUACAGGGGUCUUGUAAAGUCAUCCAAACUUGCUAUGAACGCUAAUUUGCCAUUUGAAGCCACUGGUAGACAGUGGCUCUGCUCUAAACCACUUUUUAGCAAUUGUAUUUUUUUCCUGAUUAUAUUUUUAAUGUACUUUGAUGUUUAUGCUGAUGAGUUUUUUAUGUACUUUUGGUGAUGUUUCAGUCUUAUGUACUCUUCUGACGUCAGAAAAGUACCACUGGUUGUUUGCAGUCUAAUUGUGUAAUCAGCCUACCACAGGCUUCCAUGUAUAAUAAAGUAAUUAAUAUUGUGCAAGUGUAAAACACUUCUGUUAUGAAAGCAGUGUUUGGAAAAUGAGAAAUUAUUUAAAAUGGUUACAACAUACUAGUUAAUUUCCUUUCCCCACUUUCCUCCCUUAAGUCUGCUCUACCAGCUAAAGGGUCACUUACUGUCAUUGCAAGGACCUUAGAAAAUGUGUUUAAUCCUCUUAAAUACACUCAGUACUAAAAAGUAUGUAUUUCUUAUUUUGCUAAGCGCGGUAAGUUCUGUUGGGUACAGAGUACAAGCUGUAAUCAAAGGAUGGAGAGGACCUUUACCACUGUAUCUCUUGAGCUGUAUGAUUUUUCUCCAGUGUUUUGUUUUAUACAGGUUUUGAAUUUCUUUAACUUUUAUUGUGUGUACUGAAUACUGCAUAUGUACUAUUCUGAUUGUUUGCUCUAGUUUACUACCAAUAAAAUACCUGUUAAUCACAAAAUUGAAGAAAGGAGAUAUCACUUAAUAUCCAGCCACAUUUUUCAGAUUUUUCUGUUAACUACAUUUCAUAAAAUAUUCAUGUCAGUGGUAUAACCUGCAGUUUAGGGACUGGAAUUGUGUGUGUGUGUGUGUGUGUGUGUGCACGUGUGUGUGUGUUGUGUUUCAUGUUUCUAGGUUUAUUAUAUUUGAAAAUUGGUUGAAUAUUUUCUUCAGUUUGAGGCAUACUAUCUGGAAGAAUAGGAAUUUAAUAGUAUGGAAA